AUGUCGACGGCUAAAUCUUCGUCGAAAAAGAGAAAACGUAGCGCAAGCCCAGAGAGUCUGUCUUUUAGGCUUUCAACAUCAACACCCGCCCAAGUAGGACCACUGCUUGUGACCUACCCAGCCCUACAAGCACCCUCCUCAACUGUGUUCAAGUGCUACGCCCGAAAAAAAAUAAAAACAAAAAGUCGAGAAAAUGACACUGAGGACCCGAAAAGUCAAGAUCUUCUGGCUGUUGGAGAAACUGAUAGUGUCGAGUUCGUGACGAAUGACAGUGAAAGCAGAAAAGUCGCGAGUUUGGGAUGCCACUAUCUUGUGGCAGCACAUAACCGGCGGACGGGAUCACUCUCUAUACUACCUAUGCCCAAGUCCCCUCACGUCCUAACUCGUACAGUGAAGGCCCUGAAGUCCAUUCCUCCUGCGGCUGCCCCCUCGAAAACUCAAUUCCGUGAAGCUCGCGCGGCUCUUGGCGAAACUUUUGGGACGAAGAAGGCUAAAGCUGCAAUCAAAGCUCAGGAGCGAAAUGUCGUAGAUGUUGGCGCUAUGGAGGGUGUCAUGGGAUAUGUCAUGGAUAGCAUUGACAAAGGUGCAGGCGGACUUAUGUCAACAGAGGAGGCCAAGGAUGCUGCUGACCAAAACAGAUUAAUCCCUCCCUUCAAUGCCACGACAACGGAUCCUUCGGAUGUAUAUCCUCUGCAUGACAUCAUAUCUGAAGCGGAAUGGAAAGCGCUCUCUGUCACCGCUUUCGAUGAUGCUAAUGAUGAUAAGGAGCGCAUUGCCUUACUUCCUUUCCGAUACUCCAAAUGGCUCACUGGCCACCUGAGCAUCAUUUCUCAGGAAACAGGGAAAUCAAAAAAGAAGCACAUGAAAAUUCUGCUAUACAUUUCUGCUAUGCUUGGCUUCAGGCAAGCACUUCUUCGGAAAGACUUCGACAAAGAUCAGCUGUACGAAAAGUUUAGUGGGGUUCCCAGCAUAGUAUUGGAUAGUCUUGUGUCAAGAUUCACCGAAGUUUCCCGAGGAUCAACGAAACAUCAGGCAACAUCGACAACAAAAACUUUGAUUUUGACAAACAUCUUUGCUCUUUGUUUGAAAUUGGACAAGUUCGCAUCAGACACGGAUCUUCUAGCUCAUGACCUAAGCAUGAAAGCUUCCGAAGUCAACCAGCUAUUUAAAUCUCUUGGCUGUAAAAUCACGACACUCGGCGAGAGGGAGAGAACCAGACUCGGCAUCCCAGACAGUUCUGCGUCAACGAAGCGAGCUGUGUUGAAUGCCCCCGUGGUGUUCCCUAAACCAAGGAUAAAGAGAAAGACUUGA